UAUGCAUGGAAAAUCAUGUACUUCUGGAAUCUCAUUUGUGUCUUGAUUGUCAGUUCUGGUAUACAUGUAUAGAAAUAAUAAAAUAUGAUCUUCUCCCUGUGCAAUGUAACAAUGAGCAUUGUAUUCUUCAAAGGAACGGCACACCACGUAACAUCCUUUCAUUUGUCUACAUACCGGCAGGUUUAAUAGUGUACCUUGGGAUGAUGCUUGGAGCAUUUGUGUGGGGUGGUCUGGCAGAUAAACUCGGAAGAAAAAAAUGUCUUGUCAUCUCACUCAUCAUCAAUGCAGCCUUUUCAUCCAUCUCCUCCUUUGUGCAAGGUUAUGGACUGUUUCUCUUCUGCCGCCUUAUAUCUGGGUUUGGCAUUGGGGGGUCCCUUCCCAUCGUGUUUGCCUAUUUCUCAGAAUUUUUAGCUCGCGAGAAAAGGGGGGAACACUUGAGUUGGCUCUGUAUGUUUUGGAUGAUUGGAGGAAUCUAUGCAUCAGCAAUGGCUUGGAGCAUCAUCCCACACUAUGGAUGGGGCUUCAGUAUGGGGACAAACUACCAUUUCCACAGCUGGAGAGUGUUUGUCAUUAUUUGUGUCCUUCCGUGUACAGCUUCUAUCAUUGCAAUGAAGUUUAUGCCAGAAAGUCCACGCUUCCUACUUGAGAUGGGUAAGCAUGAUGAAGCUUGGAUGAUACUCAAGAAGAUUCAUGAUACCAACAUGCGGGCAAAAGGAGAACCAGAAAAAGUCUUCACAGUUUCCCAUAUCAAGACACCAAAACAAAUGGAUGAAUUUAUAGAAAUUCAGAGUUCCACUGGAACAUGGUUUCAGCGUUGGUUUGUCAGGAUCAUGACUCUCGUUAAGCAGGUAUGGGAGAACAUGUUGUUUUGUUUCACUGGACAGUUUCGGAGGAACACUGUAUUUUUGGCUGUGGUUUGGUUUACAAUGUCAUUAAGUUACUAUGGUCUUACUGUGUGGUUCCCCGACACAAUCCGUUACCUACAAGACGAGGCCUAUGCAAGCAAGGUGAAGAUAUUUCACGGUGAAAAAGUAAAUAACUUUGAAUUUAACUUCACUCUGGAGAAUCAAAUACACAAGGAUGGAACUUAUGAAAAUGACAAGUUUGUCAAGAUGAAACUUAAAUACGUCACAUUUGAAGACUCAACCUUUAAUGAAUGCUAUUUUGAAGACGUGACUUCCAGUGGCACUUACUUUAAAAACUGUGUCAUAGAGUCUACUGUUUUUUAUAACACAGAUCUCUACAAGGACAAGUUUAUUGACUGCACAUUUAUAAACAGCUCCUUCUAUAGUGAGAAAAAGGGAUGCCACAUCGACUUUGAAGAAGAUAACGAUUUCCUAAUUUACCUGGUCAGUUUUCUUGGUAGUUUAUCGGUGUUACCUGGUAAUAUCAUCUCAGCUCUUCUUAUGGAUAAAAUUGGAAGGAUACGAAUGAUUGCUGGGUCCAUGCUGAUAUCGGCGGUUUGCUGCUUCUUCCUGUUUUUUGGUAACAGCGAGUCAGCAAUGAUUGGCUGGCAGUGCCUCUUUUGUGGUACCAGUAUUGCUGCAUGGAAUGCCUUGGAUGUAAUCACUGUUGAGCUGUACCCUACAAAUAAAAGAGCAACUGCCUUUGGAAUCUUGAAUGGUCUCUGCAAGUUAGCUGCUAUCUUUGGAAACUCAAUUUUUGCUUCAUUUGUUGGGAUCACAAAGGUGGUCCCUAUUCUUCUUGCAUCCACUGCUCUUGUAGGAGGAGGCCUUUUAUCCCUUCGUCUGCCUGAGACUCGAGAACUGGUCCUCAUGUGAAAAACUGGAAUGGUCAUUGACAUUUACUAUGUGUGGAUUUCUUGCAAUG